AUGAGGAAAGGGAAUGUGCAUGCGAAAGAGAAUGAGUUUGGGGUUAAAGUAAUUAGUUGGAAAGACAAACGAAGAGUUCUGAUGGUGAGCACUCGUCCAGAAGAUGUCGAUAACCUUAUACCAACAGGAAGGCGCAACCAAAGAGGUGAGGAAGUACGGAAACCAUCAGCUGUACUUGCUUAUAAUGCUGCAAAAAAAGGUGUUGAUUAUUCUGACCAAAUGUCUGCAUACUACACGUCUCUAAGAAAAAGUACAAAAUGGUACAAGAAGGUAGCAAUCGAGCUUCUUCUGUUGGGUACAUGUGUGGUCAACGCUUAUGUAACAUUCAACGAACAUCGGCAGAAAAAAAUAGAAAUGUUACAUUUCAGAGAAUCACUGGUAAAGUCACUUAUAGCACUAGCCGCAGCACCUCAGUAA